CAAAUUCCAAGAAAACCCGAACGUUUUCCUGUCAUCAGAAAAUUAAACUCUGUAUCAACAAUCGUGUCACAAGACUCACAACCCACAAUCUCAACUACAGUGACUCAACUUCCCAGUUCACUAAACACUGCCAUUCAAACGGUCGACUCCUCACAUUUUUCAAAUUCACAAAUUCUCUCUCCUUUCAAAUAUUUAUAUACACACCCUUCUAUUUCUCUAUUUUCUCUCUUCUCUCUUACAACCCUAAUAAAAAUAUACCAUUGUAAUUUGUAAGAAGAAAAAAAAAUGGGGAUUGGAAAUACGUCAUAUGAAGAGCGUCGCCAAAAGAGGGUGGAACAGAACAAGAAACGCUUGGAAGAUCUCAAUCUCAUUCAUCUCUCUCAAGCUCUCAAAAAUCUCUCCCCCAAGUCGUCUCCGAUGAAGAAGGUUGGUAAGCCUCGAAUAAUUGAUAAACAAACAGUUGAAGUGAGACGAUCUGCUCGAGUUGCAAGUAAUCCUGCCCCUGUUUAUGCUGAAAUUUCAUUACCUAGAUUUUCUUCACCUAGAAAGAGUUAUGGUGUGGUGAAAGCAAGAGAUUUUACGAACCGAGUAAUAGCAAGUGAUGAUGUGAGGGAAUAUGCAAUUGAAGAAGCAGAGAAGCUGAAUGCUAAACUGGAAGAAGAGGGGUUUCCUACUCUUGUUAGGCCCAUGCUUCCUUCUCAUGUCACUGGUGGUUUUUGGCUGGGUCUCCCAACUGACUUUUGCCGGAGGAGCCUACCUACAAAUGAUGGAAUGGUGACAUUGGUAGAUGAAGAAAAUGAAGAGUAUCCAGUGGUUUAUCUGGCUCGAAAGCGCGGUCUUAGUGGAGGCUGGAAAGGUUUUGCUGAGUCUCAUGAACUUGUUGAUGGGGAUGCUGUUAUUUUUCAAGUGAUCAGUAGCUCAGUUUUAAAGGUUUAUAUUAUAAGGGGAAGUGGGCAAGAUUCUGGUACAGAUUAAGAAGCUCUUGCAAUUCUUUGGAAGUCAUGCUCUAAAAUAUAUAUAUAGGUAGGGUGUUUACAUCAUCGGUAGAUUGAGUAGGAAAAUUAUGCUAGUGUUUAUGGAAAGGUCUUCAAUUCAACUUUUUGGGACAACAUUUUAUAUUGGUGAUGAACUGAUGAUCAUGAAUAGAAUUUUGUAUAGCCUUUGUUUGGUCAAGUGAAAAACUCACCAAAAAUUUUCCAUUAUGGAAUAUAUUUUUAAUUUAGAUCGGAAAGGUACACGAUCUAAAAUUUUUAUGAAAUAUAUAUAGUAUGCAAUGGAUGUUUAAUUAUGGUAACACAAUAGAUGUGAAUUAAUCGAGUUUGUUGUCUAUCU